AUGCAUCCCGCCAGGCUCAUCCUCUCCACCGCCGCCGUCGCAGUGCCGGGCCCAGCCGCUCGUGUCGGCCUCCCCAAGAAGGAUGUCGCCGCCGCCGCCGCCGUCGCUGACGGCUUGGUCGUCGGCCGGCCUGCGGGCGUCUUUGUCGUGCCCACCACGGCUGCCGAGGCGUCGAGCGCGGUGGCCACCGAGACUGCUGCGGCGGCGACGGUUGCUCCUGGUGAGGAGGUGCACAACGCCGUGGAGGACGGCGACGACGGGCCGCUGCUGUUUAGCGGGCAGUGCCGGCCUUCGCUGAUGCUCAAGGCGCACGGGGGAAAGGGGAGGACGAUGCUCGAGGGGCAGUGCGUAGAUGGGGACGGGCAGUGGUGGCGGACGAGCCUGAACCUGAACCGCUGCAUUGGCGCUCACGACGGGGAGCUCAUCUACCAAGAGUCGGGCGACUUUGACUCUCUCUGCUGGCCCUGCGUCGUCCUUGGCGGCGACGAUGCUCUCCCGGGCGACGAGGCUGCUGCCCUCCGCCUCGAGUGUACCUGCCUGGACCACCUCGGCAGCCCAAAGACCGCCACACUGCAACUUGGCUCUCAAGCCGAGCAUCCCCACGCCGUCCAGCCCAGUGACGGGCGACUGGUCUGCGGCGCGCACGAGGGCGAUCGCACGCCCUUGCUCUGA